AAAAUUAAACCGUACUCUGAUACUUCCCGUGUUACGCCUGUCACAGCUUACUUACAUUGGUCGCCAAUGGCGUCCGACAUGGACACCACACGAGCGCUGGCCAUCUUAGCGGCCACAAGCUUUGUUGCAAUGCUAGCAUGUGUACAGGCGGCAGGAGACGAGAGCUACACGUUCAUGAAGGACGCGGUGCAGUCCCCGCAGGUGUCGUACUACGACUACAUCAUCGUGGGCGGCGGCACGGCCGGGUGCCCGCUCGCGGCGACGCUGUCGCAGCGCUUCCGCGUGCUCCUGCUUGAGCGCGGCGGCUCGCCGUACGACGACGAGCGGAUCGGGAACAUGACACGCUUCGCGGACACGCUGUCCGACACGUCCCCCUCGUCGCCCGCGCAGCGGUUCGUGUCCGAGGACGGCGUGAUCAACUCGCGCCCGCGGGUGCUGGGCGGCGGCAGCUGCAUCAACGCCGGGUUCUACACGCGCGCCAGCGACGAGUACGUGCGUGGACUCGGGUGGGACCUCGAGGCGACCACGGCGGCGUACCGGUGGGUGGAGGACGUGGUGGCGUUCCAGCCGGAGCUGGGUCCCUGGCAGUCGGCGCUGGAGAGAGGGUUGCUGGAGGCCGGGAUCGCGCCGCAGAACGGCUUCACGUUCGACCACCUCGGCGGGACGAAGGUCGGCGGCUCGAUCUUCGACGCCGAGGGGCGGCGCCACACGGCCGCCGACCUGCUCCGGUACGCCCGCACCGACGGCAUCGACGUGCUGCUCCGAGCCAGAGUGGCCAAGAUCCUGUUCAACGUCAGAGCUGGAAGACGGCCAGUGGCGCACGGGGUGGUGUUCCACGAUUCCGAGGGGCAGAUGCACAGGGCUUACCUCAGCAACGGCCGUGGCAACGAGAUCAUCCUCUCGGCGGGCGCCAUGGGCAGCCCGCAGUUGCUGAUGCUCAGCGGCGUCGGCCCCGCCGACCACCUCCGCUCGUUCGGCAUCACGCUCGUCCUCAACCAGCCGGCCGUCGGCCAGGGCAUGUCCGACAACCCCAUGAACGCCAUCUACGUGCCGUCGCCUUCCCCGGUCGAGGUGUCGCUCAUCCAGGUGGUCGGCAUCACUGAGGUCGGGAGCUACAUCGAGGGCGCCAGCGGCGCCAACUGGGGCGUCCGGCGCUCCGGCUCCGGCGGCGACAGACCGCACCGCAACUUCGGCAUGUUCUCUCCACAGACGGGGCAGCUGGCCACGGUGCCACCGAAGCAGCGGACGCCGGAGGCCAUCGCGCGCGCGGCGGAGGCGAUGAGCCAGCUCGACGACACGGCGUUCCGCGGCGGCUUCAUCCUGGAGAAGAUCCUCGGCCCGCUGUCCACGGGCCACCUCGAGCUGCGCAACCGCAACCCCGACGACAACCCGUCGGUGACGUUCAACUACUUCGCGCACCCGGAGGACCUCCGGCGCUGCGUGGCCGGCGUGUCGGUGAUCGAGCGCGUCAUCAGGUCCGAGGCCUUCGCCAACUUCACGUACCCGUACUUCUCCGUCGAGACGCUGCUCAAUAUGACGGCGGGGUUCCCCGUCAACCUCCGGCCACGGCACGACAACGACUCCACGUCGCUGGAGCAAUUCUGCAAGGACACCGUCAUGACCAUCUGGCACUACCACGGCGGCUGCCAGGUGAACAGGGUCGUCGACGCCGAGUACCGCGUGAUCGGCGUCGACGCGCUGCGCGUCAUCGACGGCUCCACGUUCAACGCCUCGCCGGGAACCAAUCCGCAGGCCACUGUCAUGAUGCUCGGCAGGUACAUGGGAGUCAAAAUCCAAAACGAGAGGUUGGGAAAUGAAGGAUUAGGAAGGAGAAAUCUGUAAUUGAAGGCUUAAGUAUUUGUAAUGCACUAUGUAAUGGUUGAGUCAUUGAAUUUCCUGAUUCUGAUGCUAGUCAUGAACUAGAAUUUCGCUGGGAUAACAUGCACAUAUUAUUGGAAGUGUGUGCUCUUAACUUCUUAUGUACUACUCAAAUUCAAAUGAAAUUAUGUUCACUCAAUAAGAAACCUUUGUUCAGUUGAA